CAGGAGUAAAAUGGAAAAUGGAACAGACAGCGUGGCUGCCCCUGCCUUUAGCACCUACACCCCAGAAGAGAUGGUGCAACAGAUGAAAGAACUAAUCACUGAGAACAAUGAAUUAAAAGAAGCCGUGAAGUUGCAUAACCAAGCUAUGAAGGACCGAUAUGAGGAACUUUCCAUCUGGCGAGAGAAGCAGAAAGAAGAAAGAGAAUUUUACGAGUUAAAGUUUAAGGAGGCUAAGCAGUGCUUGCUAGCCAAGUGCAUUGAAAAUGAACAGCUACAGCAACAACUCCAGAGCUUAAAGGAAAGAGAAGGAGCUGAAAUGGAGGGCAGCAUGGCUCCUGAGAAGGAAGUGAGGCAGCUGAAAUCCCAGGUGCAGCGGCUCCAGGCUGAGAAGGCAGAUCUCGUAGCCAUCAUUUCAGAACUGCAGGUCAAGCUGAACAUCUCAGCAGAGGAUUCCUUUGUGGAGAUUGGGAUGAACGAAGGAGAAAUCAACAGAACUGCAAGAGAACAUCAGGAGAAUAGCGGUGAAAUGACCAGUAACAUCGCCAUCUACAGGAGCAAACCUGUAGAUGAAUCGAAGAAUUUGGAGUCUGAGGAGCUAACUGUGAGCCAGCUACUCUGCUACCUUAGAAACGAAGCUCAGAAGAGGGAAAAACUUGAGAAGGAGCUCCAAGAUCACAAAGAGAGACUGUCAAAGCUGGAGAAGGAAACCAGCAACUGCCUGGAGAGUGGGACACAAACUGAACAGGAAGAAGAGGAGAGUUCAGAGCCU